AUGUAUUAUUCUGAGCAGCUAGGUCUUGAGCAAACUGAUCCAAGACGUUGGAGAUUGCAGACAGAUGAGUAUGGUGCUGAAACCUGGCAAUAUUUGAGUGCUGAAGAAAGUGAGUCGAUUCCACAAUCGACGUUUACACAAUAUUUAUUGGGUGUUGAGGGAUUCCCAACUCCAAAGGCUGAGGAUAUCAAGACGCCGUCAAAGGCUGCUGAAAAGGGAGCUGAUUUUUUCAAGUUAUUACAAGAUGAAAGUGGGAUAUUUCCUUGCCAAUAUAAGGGUCCUAUGUUUAUGACUAUUGGGUAUAUUGCAGCCCAUAUUUUCACUAAGAGUGAGAUUCCGGAGCCUUUUAGAAUCGAGAUGAUUAGAUAUAUAGUGAAUACUGCGCAUCCAGUUGAUGGCGGUUGGGGUUUGCACUCAAUUGAUAAGUCAACAUGUUUCGGUACUACCAUUAAUUAUGUGAAUUUAAGAUUAUUAGGGCUACCAGCUAGCCAUCCAGUAUGCGUCAAGGCCAGGAAAACAUUGCACAGAUUAGGAGGUGCGUUGGGGAAUCCUCAUUGGGGAAAAGCAUGGUUAUCUGUCUUGAAUUUAUACGAUUGGGAAGGUGUUAAUCCUGCACCACCUGAAUUAUGGUUAUUACCAUAUUCCUUACCAAUCCAUCCAGGUAGAUGGUGGGUUCAUACUAGAGCCAUUUACUUACCUUUAGGAUACGUUUCAGCUAAUAAGUUACAAUGUGAAUUAGAUGACUUGUUAAGAGACAUUCGUACUGAAAUUUAUUUACCAAAACAAUUACCUUACGAAAAUAUUGACUUCAGUAAGCAUAGAAACAAUGUUUGCGGAGUUGAUUUAUAUUAUCCUCAUACUAAAGUUUUGGACUUAGCCAAUUGGGCUCUUGUUAAAUAUGAAAAAUAUGUUAGACCAAAUUGGUUAUUGAAAUUAUCUAAUAAGAAAAGUUAUGAAUUUAUUAAAAAAGAAUUUAAGAAUACUGACUAUCUUUGUAUUGCUCCUGUCAAUUUUGCUUUUAAUAUGAUUGUUGCAUACGCUGAAGAAGGUCCAAAUUCUGAAACUUUCCAAAAACUUAAUCAACGUAAAAAUGAUACGAUUUUCCAUGGUCCUCAAGGUAUGACUAAUAUGGGUACCAAUGGUGUCCAAGUUUGGGACGUUGCAUUCAUGAUACAGUACUUUUAUAUGUCAGGAUUACUGGAAUCUUCUAAAUAUCAUGAUAUGAUUCGUAAAGGUUAUCAAUUUUUAGUUAGAUCCCAGUUUGAUCUGGAAUGUGAACCAGGAAGUUUUAGAGAUAAAAGAAUAGGAGGUUGGCCCUUCAGUACUAAACAACAGGGUUAUACCGUUAGUGAUUGCACUGCUGAAGCCAUGAAAGCGAUCAUAAUGGUUAGAAAUGAUCCAACAUUUCAUGAUAUUAAAGAUGAUAUCGAAGAUAAAAAUUUGUAUAAUGCUAUUGAUGUAUUAUUAACAAUUCAAAAUAGAGGGGACUUUGAAUAUGGAUCAUUUUCUGCUUAUGAAAUUAUUAGAUCAACACCUUUAUUAGAAAAGUUAAAUCCAGCAGAAGUUUUCAACCAAAUCAUGGUGGAAUAUCCUUAUGUUGAAUGUACCGAUUCAUCAGUUUUGGGAAUGACAUAUUUUGCAAAAAAUUAUCCACAUUAUAGAAGUGAUGAAAUUAAAUUUGCUAUUGAUGACGCAAUUAAUUAUAUUAUCAAAGCACAAAAUUCAGUUGAUGGUAGUUGGUAUGGCUCAUGGGGGGUUUGUUUUACUUAUGCUUCAAUGUUUGCCUUGGAAGCCCUUAAUACUGUUGGAUUGAGUUACUUGAAUUCGGAAACAGUCAGAAAAGGUUGUGAUUUUCUUAUUUCAAAACAAAGACCCGACGGUGGAUGGUCAGAAUCAAUGAAAUCUUGUGAAACUCAUACAUAUAUACCUACUGAAAAAUCCUUGUUGGUUCAAACAGCUUGGGCUACAAUUGGAUUAAUUCUUUCUGAUUAUCCAAAUAAAGAACCAAUUAAGAGAGCCAUCAAACUUAUCAUGGAACGCCAAUUACCUACCGGUGAAUGGAAAUUCGAAGACGUGGAAGGGGUGUUUAAUCAUAGUUGUGCUAUCGAAUAUCCAUCAUACAAAUUCUUAUUCCCAAUAAAAGCCUUAGGUUUGUAUAGAAAAAGAUACGGUGAUGAACCAAUCAUAUAGAUGUUUUCUAUCAGUCCCGUGGUGGGCAAAUUUGACAUCUUCAUUCCCCGGCAAGGUGUAUAUAUCUUCAAUAUUUUACUAUCUGUGCAUUUUUGAUCAUUUCUCUGCAAUGUAAUUCCAAAC